AUGUCGAAGGGUGUUGUUGCAGCGACAAAAAAUGAAAGACUGCCAACGGACAAGGACUCUUCAGAGCUCUCUGCGCUCUCAUCGUUGACAUCAUGUUCGAUAAACGCAGGUGGAGCGCUUUCUGGACACGUCUUUGAUUUGGAUAAGAUCAGACGAAGCCAUCUAUUGGCUUCGGCGCAGCAGCGGCGCACGCCGUCGCAGCACGCCCAGCAGGCCGAUCAGGUGGAAGAUGGCGCAGGAGGCCCACGAACGAAGAUGGAUUCGGCGAACCUAACCAGGCAAGGCAGUUCGGCUCGACACAGCCCCUCCUCCGGCCAAGUGCGACUGACCCGUCAGCUGAGCAAUAGCAGACCCGCGUCUCACACCCAGCAUGCGCUCGAAUACCAACCCGGUCUGAGGGCGUGCUUCGCAUCCCAAAGGGAAAAUCUGUGCCUUGACGAGCCAGCGGGUGGCGGUCUUCGCGGACCAUGCAUCGAUGACAUGACCACCACACAGUUUCGAGGCUGUCGGCAAAUCAUGAGGUGCGAAUCGGCGUUCACCUGGCCAACGGACACGAUUGAGAAGGGUGAGUGA